AUGGCGUGCAGCCUCAAGGAUGAGCUGCUGUGCUCCAUCUGCCUGAGCAUCUACCAGGACCCGGUGAGCCUGGGCUGCGAGCACUACUUUUGCCGCCGGUGCAUCACCGAGCACUGGGUGCGGCAGGAGGCGCAGGGCGCCCGCGACUGCCCGGAGUGCCGGCGCACGUUCGCCGAGCCCGCGCUCGCGCCCAGCCUCAAGCUGGCCAACAUCGUGGAGCGCUACAGCGCCUUCCCGCUGGACGCCAUCCUCAAUGCGCGCCGCGCCACGCGACCCUGCCAGGCGCACGACAAGGUCAAACUCUUCUGCCUCACGGACCGUGCGCUCCUCUGCUUCUUUUGCGAUGAGCCAGCGCUGCACGAGCAGCACCAGGUCACCGGCAUAGACGAUGCCUUCGAGGAGCUGCAGAGGGAGCUGAAGGAACAGCUUCAGGCCCUGCAGGACAGCGAGAGGGAGCACACGGAGGCACUGCAGCUGCUCAAGCGCCAAGUGGCAGAGACCAAGUCUUCCACCAAGAGCCUGAGGACCACCAUUGGCGAGGCCUUUGAGCGGCUGCACCGACUGCUGCGUGAGAGGCAGAAGGCCAUGCUGGAGGAGCUGGAGGCCGACACAGCCCGCAUGCUGACCGACAUCGAGCAGAAGGUCCAGCGCUACAGCCAGCAGCUGCGCAAAGUGCAGGAGGGGGCGCAGAUCCUGCAGGAGCGGCUGGCCGAGACCGACCGGCACACCUUCCUAGCCGGGGUGGCCUCACUGUCUGAACGGCUCAAGGGGAAGAUCCAUGAGACCAACCUGACGUAUGAAGACUUCCCGACCUCCAAGUACACAGGUCCCCUGCAGUACACCAUCUGGAAGUCCCUGUUCCAAGAUAUCCACCCAGUGCCAGCCGCCCUGACCCUAGACCCGGGCACUGCCCAUCAGCGCCUGAUCCUAUCUGAUGACUGCACCAUCGUUGCCUAUGGCAACCUGCACCCCCAGCCUUUGCAAGACUCGCCCAAGCGCUUCGACGUUGAGGUGUCAGUGCUGGGCUCUGAGGCCUUCAGCAGUGGCGUCCACUACUGGGAGGUGGUGGUGGCAGAGAAGACCCAGUGGGUGAUCGGGCUGGCCCACGAGGCCGCAAGCCGCAAGGGCAGCAUCCAGAUCCAGCCCAGCCGCGGCUUCUACUGCAUCGUCAUGCACGACGGCAACCAGUACAGCGCCUGCACAGAGCCCUGGACCCGGCUCAACGUCCGCGACAAGCUGGACAAGGUGGGCGUCUUCCUGGACUAUGACCAAGGCCUGCUCAUCUUCUACAACGCCGAUGACAUGUCCUGGCUCUACACCUUCCGCGAGAAGUUCCCAGGCAAGCUCUGCUCCUACUUCAGCCCUGGCCAGAGCCACGCGAACGGCAAGAAUGUGCAGCCACUGCGGAUCAACACCAUCCGCAUCUAG